GAAUCACGACGCGUUAUUCUGCCCGCCGUGGCCAGGGUCCCGUGUCUGCACAUCAUUGUGUCGCCAAAGCGAGGCAAAGGCAGAAACCCGCAUCCUUUUGUCUGCUGCUAACGGGACUAAGAUAUCUGGCUGCAGCGUCGUCCCACCUUAAAGCACUUAUCUACCCCUCACCUUCACGCACUUCAUCUGACGACUUCCGCCUUCCCGCUCCACGCGCCACCCGCCCAGUCCGCUACUCUGUAGAUGGAUGGAGCUGGCGAGCUCUGAAACUGUGCACGAAAGCCCCCCAUCACCGUCCCGUGAAGAUGGGGCAAAGCCCGCCACCGCUCGUCCUGAGCGGAACAGCGUAGUCCCGCCGUACUGGCAGAGGCACGAGCGCGACAGUAAUCGUCUAAGCUCGUAUACCUCGGACGCUGGGGCUCGCAUUGUGCUCGAAGACCAUACCGAUGAGGGCUCUGAGCAGUGUAAAGUGCUUUGGGCGAAGCAUGUGUCAAUUGACGAUUACGUGGUUGUCAGCGGCACAGCGCCAGGACUCGGAGCCUAUGCACCUGGCCAGUAUGUUGUAUGGAACUGCACAGUUGAGACGCUCGAUGGCGGCCCAAUGAAGAUUCGCAAGAGGUACUCUGAGUUCGAAGACCUUCACCAAAAGCUGGUCAAAACAUUCCCUCAUGCUGUGGGUUCCAUGCCACAGUUUCCACCCAAAUCGGUGGUGUCACGAUUUAGACCGAGGUUCCUCGAGCGGCGAAAGCAGGGUCUAUCAUACUUCCUGAACUGCGUCUUGCUCAACCCAGAGUUUGCGGGAUCACCAGUUCUCAAAGAUUUCCUGUUCUCGUAAGCAACAGCACGUGGGUGUAUUGGAUUUGUUCCUUCUAGCAUGUUCUUAUUAGUGUUCUGUCAUGAAGCGGGUUGGAUAGUCGAUAACAGGAUGAUGACCAAGUCUGCAUUUGAAGGCAAAGCCAUGUACAUAUAAUGUGUAAUGACAGACCGGUACAUACAUAGUACAUGUACGGCAAGCCGUGCAGGGGCCCUAUGCGGACCACGAACCUCAAACCCAAGCAGUGCUGUUGCAAAG